UGACUCUGUGCAUGUAUAUAUAUAUAUAUGUUAUACCUUCAGAUAGCCAGAGAAAACCGCAAUUGCAACAAACCUCUAACAAUACAUGCAUGACCUUCGAUCAACCCUUGAAUAAAGCCCCGUUGCCCAGAUCUCCUCAAUCCAAAACUUCACAAAAUACAAAAAAUCAGAUUCAUUUAAAAGUUAUAAUAGGGACAAAUUAUAUAUCACCGCCACUGCAGCUAUCUGUUAUUAGUGCAAUCGUUGUUCUUCAUUUUUUCUGUCAUCCCAUCACCAUCGCGAGCACCACCAUGGCUGUUUCUAAAUUCCAAAUGUUAGAGAUUACUUUGGUGUCAGCGCAAGACUUGGAGCCGGAGUCCAAGUCCAUGCACACGUACGCCGUUGCAUGGCUCAACCCAGAGCGCAAAUUACUUACCCGCGUCGACCAAGACGGGCAUACACACCCUACCUGGAACGAGAAAUUUUUGUUCCGUGUCGCCGACGAGUUUCUCGAUUCGGACACCUCUGCCAUCAUGAUCGAGAUUUACGCCUCAUCUUGGUUGCGUGACACACUGGUUGGUACCGUCCGUGUCCUCAUUAGCAAUCUUCUCCCUCCCUCAUCUCGCACUGAAGGCAAAGCAACGAUGAGACUGGUGGCGCUCCAAGUUCGUCGCCCAUCAGGUCGCCCACAAGGGAUUCUCAACGUCGGUGUCAUGCUCCUUGACAACAGCUUUCGUAGCAUGCCCCUAUAUAGAGCUCUCAGCAAAUCAGCAGUUGGUUAUUGGGAUCUAAUGAAAUCCAAGACUCAAAAACAGAGAAGCUCGCAACGCCCCAUGGAUGUGAAAAACCAACGACGAACCAAUCCCGUGAUCAGAUUCAAGCGCUCCAAGAGUGAAAGAUCCUCUCUGGAGAGAUACGCUGUGAAAACGAGCUCCAUGCAUGAUGAUUCAAAGCCUGCACCUCCGGAGAAGGGCAUCGGGAAUGCGCCGCACUCCAAUGCGGGGCCAUCUCUAAGGGUGAUCGCGGCAGCAAUGGCCAAAGGACUUCAUCUGAACGCCAAGAACAAUGACAACGAGAGCUCUAUAUUGGACGAUUGGUCCGAAGAAAGCGGUGGCGAAAGGCUGAAGACGAAGAUCGCAAGGUGGUGGAUGGAGCUCCCCCCAAUAUCUGAAUUUGAAUAUCAAGAUCUCGAGUCAGAACGCACGCAUACGGGGAACAGGCGUAAGCGCUCCAACGGUGUCGGGCUGCUUUCGUGCUUUGGUAAUGGCUAUGGAUGCGAGUUUUCCUGUACAUGUGGUGGAGGAACGAGAAAGAAAAGGAUUGGUCAUGAUGACAAGAUUCAUUUGAUUGGUGCAUCAUAAAUUACCUUUGAUGGAUAAUAUUUGUGAGAUUGAUUGCAAUACACAAUUCAAAUUUGGAGAUCAAAUUUGAGAACGUAAAUCUACUCGCUAUUGGUGGAGGAUGAAACGGAUCAAGGGCUUAUCAAAGUCAUGAAUGCCUGCCUCCUCUUUUCCAUU